UCACCUUACGUACAGUGCAUGUGAAAAAGACACCCGGCCCGGCGUCGAAGCCACCGAACAAAAUCUUUAGCUAAAGCAGGCCCGGCCGGCAUAACACCGUCAGCAGGCGACCAACAUGUCUUCCAACACUGCCACAGCGUUCCGCUUCGCCGAUGUCGCAGUCACCCCAACCGCCGCCGAAUACAAGGGCAUCUACCGCAACAAGCAGCAACACGAGCCCGACUUUGACGCAGUGCUGGACAGGGCGAGUCAAUCAUGCGUCAAACACGUUCUUCUGACUGGAAUGUCUUUGCGGGAUGUGGACUUCAUCCUGGACAUCUGCAAGCGACGACCGGAGAUCUGUACGAUGACAGUCGGCGUCCAUCCAUACCACGCAUCCGAGCCCUGGGACGAGGCACCAAACUAUUUCGGUGUGCUUAAAGGUCGCAUACGCGAGCUCAUUGCGCUCGGCCCAAGCGCCCCACUGAAGGCUUUUGGUGAGCUUGGUCUUGAUUUCGACAGGACCGAGAAGGCUUCCAAGGAGGUUCAGAUCUGGGUGUUUAAGGCACAGCUCGACCUGAUUGUGGAAGAGAAAUGGGACCUGCCACUCUUUCUUCAUUGCCGCAACUCUGCGUCGGAGUUCAUCGAGGUCAUCACGCCUUACAUAUCCAAACUGCCACGAAGCGGCCUUGUGCAUUCGUUUGUUGGAACCGCGGAUGAGAUGCAGCAGCUUGUCUCACUGGGUCUGGACAUCAGCGUCAAUGGAUUUUCGUUCCAGGAUCCAGCUUCGAUAGAAAUGGUCAAAGCCCUGCCUCUCGACAAGCUACAGAUUGAGACCGACUCCCCAUGGGGAUACAUCAAUCCCAAUGGCGAACUUGCGAAGAAGUUCCCAGCACCAAGUGAGGUCGUCGCGCAUCCGAGUAAGAAGCGCGACAAAUUCGAAGCGGGCAAAAUGAUCAAAGAGCGUAAUGAGAGCUGUCUCAUUGCGCAAGUCGCCUCAAUCGUGGCCGGUCUCAAAGGCAUCGAGAUAGAUGAGGUCGUCAAUGCGGCAUACGGGAACAGCACCCGCAUGUUUCGACUGAACAAUGACUCCUAGGCGGAACUGGCUCCGCGCGACCGACAUUCAGGCAGCAACCUACCAAAACGGACACCGAUUGUGCAUCCACUCACUGACUCGCGCUGCACUU